GAAACGUCCUUUUCCGUCACUGGUGUUACAUCGAAAGUAGUCCUUCCACGUUAGUGGAACAAAGAUGGCCGCUGAAAGCGAUGUGCUGUCUGAGAUUGAGGUUCUCCAGUCCAUCUACCUGGAUGAGCUCCAAGUGAUCAGGAGAGAGGAUGGGGGAUGGGAGGUGAGUCUGGUCCUUUACCCCUCCACGGGUGAAGAUUCCCUGUCUCAGUUUGUGCGACUGACCUUGACUUUGACUCUCAACUUGCUGUAUCCCUCCUCUCCUCCCUCCAUUUCCAUCCACAACCCUCGGGGUCUUUCUGAUGACAAGCUGUGCAGUUUGCAGAAAUGUCUGCAGGCAGAGGCGGAGUCCUGCCUGGGUUCCCCUGUGUUGUACCAGCUCAUUGAGAAAGCCAAAGAGAUCCUGACAGAGAGCAAUAUUCCUCAUGGGAACUGUGUCAUCUGCCUUUAUGGUUUUAAGGACGGGGAGGCGUUCACCAAGACCAGCUGCUACCACUACUUCCACUCCCACUGCCUGGGCCGUUACAUCACCCACUCCGAGACUGAGCUCCAGGAGAGAGAGAAGGAGCUGGAGCAGGACAAGACACGGGAGAGGGCGGACGACGAGGAGCUAACAGUUGUUUGCCCCGUGUGCAGAGAACCACUGACCUACGACAUUGACCAGCUCCUGUCCAAUCCCGCUCCAAGCUUUCCGAAGCUGGAGGGUGCAGAGUUAGGGGCAGACUUCCGGCAGAAGUGGGCUGAGCUCCAGAAACUUUUGGAGUGUCAGAAGGCAAAGGGUGGGAUUAUUGACACCGAGGUGGAGUCUAACCGCUUUCUCAUACAUAUUAAUGAGCCGCCUCCUGACGCCAACAAUGUCAGCCCUGAUGGAGAUGCCUCUUCCAGCCAACCACUGCCCUCGCCGACCCCUGUCUCCACCAAUACGAUCGAUGACUCUCAGGAGCAGCCACAUCACACCGUCCACUCGAAUCGUAGGGGAGGUCACCAGCGCCGGCACCAGUGGCCUCAGGGCAACUUUAGGGGCCCCAAGAGGGGAGGGAGAGGCAGGCCCUACACCCAACCUGGGAGAACUCUCCCCCCUAUCGACCAUCUGGACAAACUCUCUCUAUCCUCAGAGAAACAUAACUUCAACACUGCUUAUCCUGCCCAUUUUCACUAUGCACCAAUCAAAGCCAGACUUCAGGAGCACUCUAGCCAACAGGAACCAAGACAAGCACAACUAAGUCAAUCUGAAAAGGAAGGAGAGGGAUGCACCGAGCAAGUCCAACUGGAGACACUGGUUUCUAAAGAGGAACAGCCAAUGUGCCCAUCAAACCUGGACAGCUUUAAAACUGACGCCCCUCCUUGCAACGGUGUGGAAGUUGAGGCGGGCUUUGGCCAUCGUGCAAGGGGGAGAAAGAGGGGCCCUCGCGGUUCAACUCACCAUACUGAGCAAUGGCAGGAGAGGCAUUUCAGAGUAACGGACCAAUGGGAGGCUCGGGGGGGCGGGUACCAUCACCACUGGGAUGGACGAGGUCGACAAAGCAGGGGAGGGGCCAACUACCACCGCAGCAGAGGAGGGGGAGAACACAUGGCCAGUGGGAGGGGCUUCCAUCAGAGAGUGAUGGAGGGAGAGGUGGUUAGAGGUGGUGCUGCUCUUUGACAAAGGGAAAAAGGAGGAACCGAGAAAAUGUAUGUCUGUGCCUCCAUUUUCAUUCUCGACACAACUAAAAUAAAGCUUUGCACUAUCUGGCACCUUGAUGAA